CUGGCCUCCUUCCGCCCCUUCUCCUCCUCCUUGUCCGACUUUGUUGCUCUGCUACCCCGCUAGUCCGUUUCCAGUCACGGGGAGCCGAAGAACAACUCGACAAAGUCCCGACCAUGGAAGGAGACAACAUAAUAAUGCCUGUUUGACUCGGGGAGAUUUUCCAAGAUGCCAGGCCUUUUGUCCAGUCCUGUGUGUCUGACAGUCAUCUGGUUUUUAUCUUGGUCGCUGUGUCCCAGUCAAGCUCAGAUUUGGACUGAUGAAGUGUCAGGUGUGCAGUAUGGGCACUUGGAGUCAAAUGUGACACUGGCAUGCGGGAAGUCACAAAUCAGGACACCUGUUGUGUGGCAUCUGAACCACAACUCACCGUUGCCAUGGCACAAAGUGACAUCAGACGGAGCCUUAGUCCUGCUGCACGUCGACCACUCAGCGCAGGGCAACUACAGCUGCUAUGACAACCGGGGGCUCCUCCUCCACUCUGUCAAACUCAUGCUGGGAUAUCCCCCUGGGCUGCUGAGCGUUUCCUGUCAAGUGCCCAAUCACACGCAUGUUCGCUGCUCCUGGGUGGAAUCAGUAAAGACAUUCCUGCCAGCCAAGUAUAAUGCCUCCUUCGGGGGGAAUGGUCAGGAGUGGAGGCCAUGCAUCAUGGACAUCGCCCGCAAGCACUGUGAUGUAGAUCACCCUGCCUUCUGGCAGACCAUCCAUACCCUGAGAAUCAUAGAGACUAAUGGGCUUGGGUCCAUGACAACAUAUGUCCGGUUUAAGUUAGAUGAGCUAUUGAAACCAGACCCUCCAGAGUCAGUAUUGGUGAAGGAGCUAGAAGGCUAUCCAAAGAGGCUGAUCGUCUCGUGGAACUUUCCCUCUUCCUGGCCGCUGCAUGUUGCUUUCCCCCUUGUGUUUCAUAUCAGAUACAGGCCACAAGGCUCUAUAUACUGGUCAGAGAUUUACUCUGAGGAGAGUCCAGUCGUGAUAUUUGACGCCCUGGCUGGCUACCUCCACCAUGUUCAGGUUCGAGCCCGGGAUGGGGUGAACUCUGAAGGCCAGUGGAGCGAAUGGAGUCCCCUGCUUCUCGCCAGGCCCUGGGAAGUCUACACCACCCCUGAACCUGAAGAGGAUAUCCUGCCAGAGGAAAGAUUUUUUUUUCCUUUGAACACAAAACCUGAAACCUCCACUGCUAAGGCACACCUUCCUGUACAUGAGGAUGAAGGUAAUUUGGGUUUGGUGAUUCUGCUGGUUUUGUUCUCCGUGGUCAUCCUCACCACCGUCCUUUCCCUCAUCUUUGUCGUGUGGGUGAGGCAGAGGCGGCGCGAUCAUGUGACCAAACAGGAACUCACAUCUAUGGUUAAGAUGAAGUCCAUGCCAAUCUAAUUUUUUCUUCUGCUCUUCUCUUCUUUCCUCCUCUUUUUCCUCUCUGCUCCUCUUCUUUCUUCUCUUCUCAUCUUUCCUCUUCUCCUCUGUUCUUUUGUCUUCUCUUCUCAGGUUGAUUUCAAGCAUCUUCUCCUAGUCAGCCCGUUCUAGGGCUCCUCCCAAGAGUCAGCCUCUGCCUUUACCACUGUAGAAUGCUGGCUGUCCAUAUUUAACUACAUUAACCAGAAUGCAUCAGCCAGAGUCCAUCCAGGAUCAAGGACAACAGGGACAAACCUAUACAAGGAACUUUGCAGAGUAGGGUAGAGUUGCCCAGUAUAUAAAAGCUGACUGAAGGGUACAUUUUGCAAGAUUUCCCUGGACAUAUUCAGUGGUCACAUCUAACUGCACUACCCAUAAUGCAUCAGCAGACAGGGAAAUCAGACCCUACUCUGUUUCUUAAAUUUCACUUCAGCAACUUCACUGCAAUUCACUCCUCAGCGGACUGUAGGAGCCACACUGCAUCGGGACAUUUGAGUUCACUCAAAUCUAAUGCUGCUUCAGUUGGACUGACUCCACAACUUGUUUUGGAGAGGAGUGACUUUUAUUUUAUUUUUUUUUACUUUUGAACUUUCAUGCAAAGUAAGGACAGGACGUGCAGCUGCCAAACAGGAGAACAUAGGCUUUUUUUUGUGGGAAGGUGAAGAUUUUUUCUGGGACAACUUGCCUCUUUCCUCCCACCCAGAACUCACAUUCUUUUAUUUUUUUGAGAUUCAUUGUGAGAAGUAACAAAUUAAUGUGCGUCCGUUAUUACAUCGACUGACCGACCGACUCAACGCUGUGAAGGAAGCAUAACUUCUGCCAGUCUCUGUGUGCAUCUGAUGCCAAAGCAGCAACUACGGGCAUUAUGGUCUCAGCUGAGGGGCAGGACGCAACCUGUUACUGGCUCCUGACCUGAGGGAUGGACAUGGAGAAUAAGGUCCAGGUUUGGCAGGGUUAUCUAGACUUUAUUUCAUUUAUGACAGGUGAUUUUAUGUUGCAUGAUAUGCUUGUUUUGUUGUCUAAUGUCUUUAGUACAGGUGUUCUUUUGUUUCUUUUGUUAUACCUCUUUCUGUCCAUCCAUCCACUGUUCCUGAAUGUGUGAAUGAAAGGCACACAUGGGGAGAAAGAGAGAAUGAGAGAGAUAAGAAAGAUCCUGGCCUUUCACAAACCACCAGCAUUAUGCCACGACAUAGAUACUUAGCUAGCUAGAGAAUAUUAAAUCAUAGAUAUUCAGCUGUCUUGUCUAGACUUAAAAGUCCAUUUUGAAAAUGGUUAUAUGUAAGCAUUUAUUUAAGAGAUUAAACAAUGUCUGUCCAUUUAGAGAUAAAAGUCAAACACAGCCUAAUUUGUUUGUUAUCGGAGUAGAUGACAAAUCUGAUUUCAUUCCUAAAAUUCCCACAUCCAACUUUUAAAGAGUAACAACACCAGGCUGAAAAGCAGCGCUUUGCCGCCCUCUGUGGUUGAAGGUUUCAACACUGGACACACCCAGCACCACUGAUGGGUGUGGUCAGAAUUGUGCUUUGUUGCACCUGUAACCACACCCAGCAGUGAUGUCACAGAGUCCUGGAGUACACCUGUAUGUCACUGCAGCAAAGUGAGAAGUUUCACUCUUUAAAAUCAGGAUGGGACAAUAUCUUUGUGGCUCACCAAUAGUUGAACAGUAUAAUAAUAUUUUAGGGUCUCGCUUCUGAUUUACAUUAUAUACUGUUUGUUUUGCAUUUAAAAUACAUGUGUAAUAUGACAGUGUCCACUGUAGGACUGAAACUAACAAUUAGAUCAUUAUCAAUUAAUCUGUCGAUUAUUUUUUCUAUUAAAUGUCAGAAAAUAGAGAACAAAAGGUUAAGGUGACAUCUUCAGAUUACUUAUUUUGUCUGACAAUGCCAAGGAUAUUUCAUUUACAAUGAUAAAACUGAGAAAAGCAGCAAAUCCUCACAUUUGAGAAGCUGCAACUGGCAAAUAUUUGGCACUUUCUUAUCAUUGAAACAAUUAUCAAAAUUGUUGUCGAUCGACUAAGAGAGUGAUCGACUUUCAGCACUUGGCCAUUGUUACACCAAUAAAGUCCCUAAGUACCCCUUUUUUUUUUUAACUUGAUAAGACUUCACAGUGUUCCAUGAAAGUUGGUAGUCAGCCAGGUUCAUCUCUGGUGAGACUGAUAGCACCUGCAGCUAAGUGGAAUAACAAUGCAAUAAGAGGCAUAUUUUAACUAGACCCUAAAGUCAAUUAAAGUUCACCAAUAUUAGUAAUCAGUUUAGGCUAUAUGUAUUAAAUUAGAAAUCAGUAACACAAAAAAAGGUAAUGAAAAAAAGCCGUUUAAAAAGAAGGUAGAAGUGUAUGCUAAUGAGCUGGUAUAUUUAUAUUAGGGGAUAAAGAUAGCUAGCUAAAAGUUUUUUAAGCCCUUUGUUUUCCAUCAAAGUAAUUAGAGAAAUAAUUAUCUCACCUAAAAGUCCUUUGGGAAACUCUCAUGAACAGGUCGCACAGACAUUUGGGUGUGUCCCAGACAGCGCUACUGUAGGUCAAAUGGGAAUGAAAAUGGAUGUAGAAAGGGCUGGAAGUUCACUAGUGCAACUCACAAUAACUUUGACAUGGGAUUCUUUUCACAUGGCAAGUGGGCUCUUACAAUCACUGCUGCCAUCACCACAUCCUCAGAUAAUGGGGACAGAAAUGAAAUGGUUUGUGGACAGUUACUAUGGAAACAUUCAGCGCCAUAUGUUCCUGUAGAUCACAUUAAAUAACAGAGGAACAGUAUGCAGCAGUAAGCUUACCCUACAGUAAAUUAGAAUUAAUGCUGAUGAGGAGUUUUGGUAUGGUGACGAUAUUUUACAUUUUUUGAGGCAAACUGUAAAGUUAAGUGGGGCAUUGACUCAAAGCAACCACAGAAACGGCAGCCAUGGACAGCUGCAACAAAGGGUUGGUGCAGCUGAACAUAGUGAUUGUACUAGUCUCACUUUACAUGGCAAGAAUGUCUCCAUCUCCUGUGACUGACUAAUCAGCAGACUGCUGUUUUCCCAGCCAAGCCUUCACCAAUUGGUCAGUUAUCUCAUGAAAGAGUUUAUGAGGUUAUGUAGCUGAAUCAGAGCAUGUUGGUUGGUGGGUGUGAACAUGAGAUAAGCACGAACACGACUGAUCGACAAGAGCGACUCUCGCUCACUGUACUCGUGUCUCACGUCCCACCGACUCGUGGAAAAUGAAUGAUUUCUGGGUGGCCAGUGCUAACCGUAUGAAAAGCUCCAAAUACCUCUAGGACAGCAUAUCUGGCUAAGUUUUGCUUUUGACACUUGCGCCUGCAAAACUUGUGUCCUGACUAACUGUCUGCAACAGAUGGAAGCAAAAGGCUCUUCUUGAGUAGGGCGCUUGCAUUAAAAAAUAUAUUUUUCUUUCUUUCUUAGUGUCUGUUGGUCUGGUGCUUAUAUUCUGUUGAUCCAAAGCUGUGUAGUUAUCAGUUGAUCAGCUGAUUGAUUGACUAACUGUGUAGUUUGUAUCAGAAGCACAAGGUGCAUCUAUGUCAAACUUUUUUCCAGUUUGACAACUGUAUGUUCUUGCAAGCUAGCUCCACAUAUUAUGCAUGGAUCCAGUUGAAGCAUUUUUGUAUAUUGUUGUAUAUCACACUUUAAAAAAUACAUUACAUGUAUGUUAUUAUAAGUGAUGUUUAUAUGUAGAGAAAAAAAACAUUCUUUGGGAUAGUUUCACAGACAUGGUUUAACUCAGUCUUGUGUUCAUUUGUAAUCGACACAUUAGCAGUUAAUAGCAGUUUUAUAGCUCUUAUGUAUAAUUCAAUUCUGAAACCCAUUAAACAAAACGAUGUGCAUUUGAUUUAACUGGGAAAAAAAAGAUAUUUCUUACAAGGAAUCUAAUCAUAGCAAAUGGCAAUAAAUAUUCAGUCAAUAGAUGGUUUGUGUAGAAUCAGUAAAUCCAGAUAACAAAGUGACUGAAGGGAGAUUCCCACAGAAAUUAGUAUUAGUGACUGAGGAUAAUCCAUGUCUAGAGAACCUUCCCAGCAUUGUGUAUUUGUGUCUUUCUACCCAGUUAUAUGAAGCUGUGUUACUGUACGAUUACUGUAUGGACAACGUGUUUACUGAAUUCGUCUUCAUCCAACUUGCUUUACUAGUGUUCAGUUUUAUUCAUUUCUUUGCAGUCAGAUGAACGACAAAUUAGUUGGGGUUUUUUUCAGCUCAUCUUAAAUUCCUGUGGCAACAUUCACAAAGAAAGUUAAACAGUUUCAUUUUCAAAUAAUAUUCGACAGCUGAUCUUUUACUUUCUGUUUAAAUUGGAGAAAAAAUGUGUGUAGAUAGAAACCAGAUGGGUGUGAGCCACUAUCUGAAUUUUUAGAGCUAAAAAAUGUACAUGCAGCAAAAUGUUCUAUUAACAAAACCUAAAAAAAAAUAUAAAUUACACCCGUUAUUCAUUCUUUUAAACUGGAUUUGAAAAUUGUUAAGUGGCAAUGGAUGGGCCAGUAAUGAAUGAAUGUAAGUAUUUGUUUUUUAUCAUAUUACCUCAAAAUAGUGCUCCCUUCCCUUAAUGUCAGCUUGUCAGUUCUUUCAGUACCUGGAUAUUAAAUGAAUUUUUUCAUGCUUUUCCAGGCCUUCAAGGUCUUGUUGAAGUGACUUUAAUUGAGAUAAUGAACCUGGUACCUGCUCACUCAUUGCAACUUAAAUACUGUAUAUGCUGUUUAAUACAGCAUGACUGUAAAACAACAGUGUGCUAGAACUGUCAUGAGGAGAGACAUUUUGAUGUAAAUGCUGGGUUUCACAGGUAACAAAGAUCAUAUUUUUCCAAUCUAAACAGCAAAAUAAAAAUCUGAAAUUAAUUUUUUCUCUCAGUUAAAAAUAUUUUUAUGAUACAGACACUUUGCUAGGUCAAAUUUUAUAAACCAUCCAUCAGAUAGAAUUUUAUGUGGGCCAUGUGCAGUAUCAGUGACUGUUUUUCACACUGUCCAUCUUGUUUUUGAGAUUCAACGUGAUUUUCUUUCAGUAUAGUGUGUAGCGAUCAAUUGCCACCUUUCUGUUUCACUCUAGUGGUGUUUUCUCUGUUUUUGUGGACAGAUUUGUGAUAGUCUCAGUCUUUCUAUGUUCCUCUGCAGUAUGUGAUAGCAGAUGGAGCCUGUUGGUUUUAGUUCUUAUAACUCAAAUUACACUCAGGCAUCCAUUCUCAGAUGUACAUAGUACUUUAUGUGUACGACAGAUAUCACCAUAAGCUGUUUUUUUUUUUUUCUCGCUCUCCUUGUAUGUGAAAUAAAUACUAUUUUAUCACA